AUGUCUCAACGAACUGCCAACAUAUGGAGGUCGAUCCGGAACAAACUUCAUCUCACGUACCGAGACACCACGGUUGCUUUCAACGAGAUCGGUGCCUCCUUCACUCUCGGCGAUAGGGAAAGCCAGCUGUCCCCCGGAGGGACAUACCCUCGCCUUACUAGGCUCGCGGACGGCGGCAUCCUCUCGGCAUCAGCUUACACCGUCAAUGGCUUACGAACUAUUAGAGUUACCAGGAGCGAUGACGACGGCGCAACAUUCAACGAGAUCGGCAGUAUCGCACAAAGCCCCGGAGACUUGGAUAACGCAUUUCUAAUUCAACUUCCGUCCGGAACUGUCCUUGCCGCCUUCCGUAACCACGACAAGGAUGCCAAUGGUGCUCUUACGUAUUUCCGUAUCACCGUCUGUAAAAGCGACGACGGCGGUCGCACGUGGGUUUUCUUGGCUCAUGCUGCGCAACAGCCCGCUGACGCAUCGGGCUUCAACGGACUAUGGGAGCCCUUCAUCCGGAUCGGCAAGGACGGCGGGCUCCAGCUAACGUACUCCGGCGAGCUAAGCCAGACCAACCAGGAGACAUUCCGCACUCUGUCGUACGAUGGUGGAGCGACAUGGUCUACACCGAAUAACCUAAGGCUACACAGCCCGGAUCAGCAGUUCCGAGACGGAAUGCAGGGGAUUGCUUCCAUCAAGGACGCCAAUGGCCAAGAUGCUCUAGUCAUGGUCUUCGAAGUCAAGGACGGCCCGAACUUCUACCUCGGAACCGUGGUCUCUUACGACGACGGUCUUGCUGUAGUCUUCAUGACCGACGAAGACCUGCCUGCCGACCAGUUGGAUUGGGCUAACAAGGCCGAUAUCAAAAUGAUAUUUUCUUCGGAGCUUAACAACGGUGACCUCAGGUGGACCAGCCAGACAUUCCACCUCUCGGAGGAUAGCUCAUACUGGCCAGGUACCUUCCAGAGAGGAGACAACAACAUCAUGGCUGUCUACGAGCGCGGAGGCGUUCCUUACGGAAGAAUCAUCACGAGCGUCUAA